AUGGCGGGUUCAAGUUCACUCCCGCUGCUUCCGCUGCUUUUCCUCCUCUUUCCUCCCGUCUCUGCGGAGUCGCAGUCUGUGCAGUCCGCGGGGGUGAUGCGGAGAGCGGAGGCCGCUGAGGCGCCUCUCACGUCGCCGAAGCCCCUGAUGCGCUCACACAGGGAGCCGGUCCAAAGUGUGAAGGUCGUCCCAAAGCAAAGCGUUUCGGCUUCCACAACCCUCCGGCGACCGCUCUUUGACUCCUUGGCAGAGUCUGAGGAUCUCGAUCUCGUCGAUCUCGAUGGCUGUGGCUUGGCUCCCUGGAGCUCCUGGAGUGUUUGCAGCUGCGGUGGUCGGCGUCUUCGAACUCGGGAUGCUUUCGGACUUCUUGAGGAGCAGCUUCCAGAAGCCAUCACUCGCUUUUCGGGGGAGCUGCUCGUGAAAAGUCCGGGGCGCUACACCUUCCAAGCGGCGGAGCCGCUGAGGAGCCUGCAAGUCGGGGCGGCCUUGCGGGCCACACGCAACGCUACGGACAAAGCGACGCCGGCGUGGGUCCGCUACCUCGCAAAGGGCGCUCAUUCCCUGAUUCUCGAGGCCGAGAAACCCGCCUCGGCGUCGGCGGUCAUGCGCAUGCAGGUUCCCUUGCAGUACCGGGGUCCAGACACGCGAGACGAGCCCAUCUUUCUGCCGACAUCGGUACUGAGGCAUGGAGCUGGAAAGGACUGUCAGGCCCGUGCGGUGGAAGCUGGUCGCUGCCCCGCCUGUGCGGUGGAUUGCGAAUGGAACGACUGGGCGGAUUGGUCGAAGUGCGUUGCCUCCACCCCUCCGUGUGGAAAAGGCCAGGAGACCCGAAGCCGCUCCGUGCAACGCAGGGCCGCCUCGGGAGAAAAGCCUUCGCUGCUUGAGGGCAGGGCCUGUGAGGGCCAAGGAUUGGAGCAGCGAAGCUGCCACGUCAACUGUGGCCGCACUUUCUGGUGA